ACAAAAACGAAGAGAAUAAAAAAGAAUAAAAAUAAAGCUGUUCAUUACUGUGAACUGAAAACAUUGCAAGGAAUUAAAUUCUUCUGCCAAUAAUUAACCACAAAGUUCCAAAACUUUUAUUAAAAAACAAGAGGCUUGAUUGAUCAGUAUUCAGUGCUAUAAUGGAUGAGAGAGGUGACAACAACACCACAAGGCUUCUCCUUAGUGGUGAUAGUGCUGAUACUGAAAGCAAGAGUGAAAGACCAAAAGAACCUUGGAGAGGUGAAUAUGUAAAAAGCAUAGUUUAUGGAGGGCUUGAUGCUAUUAUCACAUGCUUUUCUCUUAUUUCCUCCAUUUCAGCUACCACUAGUUCUUCUGGGAAUGUGUUGGUUCUAGGGUUUGCAAACUUAGUAGCAGAUGCAAUAUCAAUGGGAUUUGGAGACAUAGUCUCCGCUAGCUCCGAGAGGGAUGUCACCAUUGAGGAAAGGAGAGUCACAGAAUGGGAUGUUUUGAAUGGUAGAGAAAAUGAACAAAGAGAUUUAGUUAGACACUAUCAAUCCCUUGGAAUGGAUUACAACGACGCCGCCGCGGUUGUGAACAUAUUUACAAAAUACAAUAACAUACUAGUGGACCAAAGAAUGGCAGCUGACAAAGGAAUGCUACCAGCAGACCAAGAAAAGAAGCCAUGGAAGAAUGGCCUAAUCACCUUUGCAUCCUUCAUGGUGUUUGGCUCAAUACCUCUACUAUCUUUCAUCAUCCUUAUACCAUUUACAGAUAAUGAUUCAGUUAAAUUUGUUAGUGCUUGCCUUGUUUCAUCACUUGGCCUAGCUCUUCUAGGUGUGGCAAGGGCAAGAAUUGCUGGUCAAAACAUGAUGUUGACCACAGCUGUUACUCUUCUGAGUGGUGUCAUAGCAGGAGCUGCGGCUUAUUUAGUAGGGUGGUUGCUAAAGCAUGUUGCAGGAAUAGAAGGUUGAUAAACUAUAGCGGAAUAGGGAAUGAUUAGCAAUGGUAUCUUUUUUCUAGGACUGUUUUUGGCAAUGAAAGAUGAGUACAGAACCUGGCCUAGUACUCACCUUGGACAAAGUCCUAAUUUUGUACGUAUGUCUAAUGUCUGAUAGGUUUAGGCAGGUUAUAAAUGCAUUUGAGACUUAGUAUGUUAGUAUUUAGUUGUAUUGUAGCUAAUUUUCCCAAAGAAAAGUCUAAUGUGUGCUUGCUAGUCAAUUUUUGUGGUGAUGGUUGGAGAAAAUAUCAGUUGAAUUUCUGCACCUAUUUCAAUUCAA